GCGCGCGUUUGCGGUGUAUUACAUCGCGCGCAGUUACUGUGGGACACGCACACACACGCGCGCGCGCGCGCACACGCACGCACACACACACCGGAGCGCAGGGUUUCUACGGUAACGCACUGCAUUGGCUAUUUCUGUUCGGAGGAUGCAGGCUGUGAGAGGGAAACUUUUGACAGCAGGAAGAUGAGUUAGGAGUCUGUUAAAAGUCCAGAAAAAAGUGGUUGCGAAAGGAUCUGGAAGGAUUCUAGCUGCCAUCUGUACUAAUAUCAUGGUGGUCAUGACACAUCCUGAGCUGCCUGCCAUCACGCUGAUGCUUCUCUGCAGCUCAGCAUCCGUGCUGUGGGGCUUCCCAUUUGGACCCGUGCUUGAGCUGGAUGUCAUUCCUCGGACCACUGUGCCUUUUAGUGGGCUUCUGGGAUGUAAUCAUUUUCAUGGCCAGACUGUAAACUACAGUACUCUGCUACUGGAGGACGGAGCUGGGGUAUUGUAUGUAGGGGCCAGAGAGGCCCUGUAUGCCCUUGACACAGCGAAUAUCUCAGCUAUCCGCAACAACAGUGCUAUUGAUUGGGCUGCAUCUGCAGAGCAGAAGAAACAGUGCUUAAGCAAAGGAAGAGACGAUCAGACAGAAUGCUACAAUUAUGUUCGGUUUCUCGAUCGGUAUAAUGAGACUCAUCUCUACACCUGUGGGACCCAUGCCUUCCGACCUCGCUGUGCAUACAUAGAUGUGGAGCGAUUCAGCUUUGUGCGUUUUGAGGAAGGCAAAGAAAAAUGUCCCAAUGACCCAACCAAAGGUUACACUGGGUUCAUUGUGGAUAGUGAGAUGUACUCCGCCUCACAGUUUGAGUUUCGCAGCUCCUCUGACAUUCGCCGUAACUUUCCCUUUCCCAACCUGAAGACAGAGGAGGCUCCAACUAGAUGGCUCCUAGAGGCGGACUUUGUUGGCUCAGCACUAUUGAGAGAAAGCAUCAACAGCUCCAUUGGGGAUGAUGACAAAGUUUACUUCUUCUUCACUGAGAGAAAUCCAGAGCAGAAGCCUUACUCCAGUCAGACCAGAGUGGCCAGAGUGGCCAGGGUCUGUAAGGGUGACAUAGGAGGUCAAAGGACUCUUCAGAGGAAGUGGACGUCCUUUUUGAAGGCCCGACUUGUGUGUUCUUUCCCUGAGUAUGAGUUGCAGUUUAACAUCCUGCGUGGUGUGUAUGUACUGGAAGGACCUGAUGUUCAUGACAGCCUCGUCUUUGCUGUCUUUGGACUUGAAUGGAAAAAUGUUAAAACAUCUGCAGUUUGUCAGUAUUCUAUCAGAGAUGUCCAGGCUGCAUUCAAUGGCCCUUACAUGGAACUCCACGACUCCAAAUGGAGGGAAUACACUGGAAAAGUUCCAGACCUUAGGCCUGGUUCAUGCAUAACUGAUCAGCACCGGGCUCAGCUUGUAAAUUCAUCACGGGAUCUGCCAGAUAAUGUGCUCAUGUUUGCUUGGAGACACCCUUUGAUGGCCAGAGAAAUCCAGCCAAUAGGAGGGCGACCCCUACUGUUCAAAAAGAGCUCUGACUACACCAGGAUAGCAGUUCACAAGGUCACGGCCUUGGAUGGGAACACCUAUACCAUGAUCUUCACUGGAACAGAUGAUGGGUGGAUGCAUAAAGCUGUACAGCUUGGAGAUCGGAUGCACAUCAUUGAGGAGCUACAACUGUUUAAGGAGCCACAGCCUAUAAACAACAUGGUUAUUUCAUAUAAACAGAAAAGUAUAUAUGUGAGCGCUGCGUCGGGGGUGGUGCAGGUGCCUCUGUCUUCCUGUAUGCGCUACACCUCAUGUUACGGCUGUGUGUUUGCACGAGACCCACUGUGUGGCUGGGAUGGGAGUCAGUGUGUUGAAAUAUCAACAUACCCUGUCAGGUCCAACUUAACUCAGGACAUUCACAUGGGUAACAGAGGGUGUGACAACAUCACAGAGGACGGUUUUGUGACCCAUCGCACUCGUUCAGUGAUGGUGGGACAUGACAUGCUCUUGCUUUGUGAGCUUCGUUCCAAUCUGGCAGUUCCCCACUGGACUCUGAACGGUGAACAGCUGCAGGGUUACGCUGUGGACACUGGCUACCGGAUUGGUACUGAUGGCCUCCUCAUAAUUGGGGCUCAGACCCGGCACAGCGGCCAUUACCGCUGUUAUGCUGUGGAGAAUGCUGUUUGGAUUCCUCUACGCAGCUACAUGGUUAGGGUGCAGCCUGUUCCUCCACCUUCAUCCCAUCUACCUACAGAUCCAACCGCCCUACCAGAGAGGUUCUUCACCACUAGCACACUGUCUGUCAAUCCCUCUAGUGAAACAAUAGAGCAGCCCCUGCACCCACUACCCUCCAGGCCUGAGUUCCCCACCAACCGUCACAUGGAGGCUAUGUAUAUCUCCCUGGUGGCUAUUUUAGGUGGACUCUGUUUUGUGCUGACUGUGGUGCUGCUGUACGUUAGCUUCUGUGCACGUGCCCCUGGUCACAGGAAGUACUCUCAGCAAGAGCUGUCCAUCACCCCUACCACAGAGAGAAAACGGAGCUCUCAUGUGGAGCUGAAGACAAUCUCCAGCCACUGCAAUGGGAGGACUGAUGGACUUUAUGGAGCAGCAUCAACAGAUGGAGAAUUCCUGCAGAUUAUUCCAAGUGAUGGGCAGAUCAGCCCUAACAAGGAGCCUCCUCCAGCUCCACCACUCCCUAUGCCACCUCCACUGCCAUCCACAGAGUACGCAAAUGGCUUGUCGGCCACGUUACCCAGCGUUUUAAGGAAAAUAAAUGGGAAUAGCUACAUGCUCCUGAGUCAGAUGGACUCAGAUAUGACCUCACCUCUUUACCAUUCUUUCACAGAGGAGCUCAACAGGAUCUUAGAGAAGAGAAAACACACACAGCUGGAUAAGCAGCCAGAUGAAAGCUCAGUGUAGCCCCAUCUCUCCCUAAUAAGGGUAGUGGCACCUUUUGGAGAGUAUCUUAACUGUUGUUGAAGCUGUAUUUUAUUCAAUAAAAUAAUUGUGGUGUAUUAUGCUGUAUUUGCACUGUAUCCUGAUGUACACCUCAAGUCCUAUAGAUAUUAUGAACCAUGAUUUGGAUGUUUUUGUUAUUGAGGACUUUGCAAACUCUAAUAACAUACCAUAAUAUGUUUAACAGUGUUGUAAAACAAAUAUUUAUUUUAUCUGAAGUGGUAAGGGAAAGACCUCAAAUAGAGAUCAUGAUCUCAGAGGGCUCUGAGAGCAUAAAGAUGCAGAACAAAAGAACUAUAAAAAGACAUGUCCACUGACUGAGUUAAAAAAGCAAUGUAAAUACAUUGAUAAUCAGUGUAUUAUUUGUAUCUUACUGCAGGGGUUCUUGGCUUCUGGUCAUCAGUGCCCCUGGCCCUGCACAAAAUUUCAAAAUUCUAAUACACCAGACCCAGGAAAAAUCUUCAAACUGUGCUUAGUAGUUAAAAAAUCCCUCACCCAGUGAUAUUUAAUUGCAAAAUAGGAUCUCAUCAAUGAUAGAUAGCAAAUGUAAAUGGAAUUCAUAGCUUACAUAACUGCUUUAGCUCUCAAGCAACUAAAAUUGGAAAUAAGAAAUAUGAAUUCAGUGCAGGAUCUAAAUGAAGUGAAAAGACCUUUGAUGCUGAAGGACCAGAACAAACUUAGCAAAUGGAAAACAUGCUGUGAACAAAGGAACCUAUUGCAAUCGUGCCAGUGCUUAAGCCUAUUUUCACCACCUACAGAAAUACAUGAUAUUUUCACUUAUUGCAUUCAGCAGCUCCCAUUGUUUGUAAAGUGACCACUUUAGCAACAAAUAUGAGCAGAGUUGUUUUUUUUUUAAUAUCCAAGAGUUGUAUCAUGUCCAGAGGGGAUAAAGCUGAGUAUCAUUCAUACAGAUUUUUAAAAAAUCAACAUUGCGAAAAGGAGUUAUUAGAAUAGUGACAACACAGUAAAAUGUUGAGAAACUGGGGAUGCAUUCAAAUACCCUCUAGAGGACAUUGCAGCAUUGUUGAAACGCACCAUCUUGGCCUUGAGCCACGCUGAGUGAAAUUUUCAUCAUUAUAACUAAAUUUUCAUUGCUUAAUGCAUGGUGCCCUUGGCAAAGUCAGUAUCACUUUCCAGCUAUUACAGUGCUUGCUCAGCUGAAGGAUAAAAAAAAAAAAGAUUAUUUGCCAAAUUUUCCACAGUGUGAUGAAUGAAGCGUAUAACAAGUGAAACACUACAUAAAUACCUCUGUAUGUGUAUGUACAGAGUUCUUCAUCAACACUGCCACAUGACCCAAAUAAGAAAUUAAAGGUUUUAUUUUGUAUCCUAUCUUCCUCUUUUCAUCUUUAAGUCCAUACUGUCCCAAUACUUGUGUUCACCUAUAAUGCAGUGUUCACAAGGUUUUUCAAAAAAUUGUAAGAAACAUACUAUGCUGUGCUCAUGUAGUUUUUCAUUUUCAUCACUUUGAGAGAUGUACACCAAGAAUAAUAAAUCAGCACAUCAGGCACAUAGGAGACUGUAUCAGUUUACAUUAAGGUCUAACUAAUCCAGUUUGGUGUUAUAUCAGUGACUGAACUUAACUGAUGUUAAUUGAUGUGAAUCAUUUUUCUGCAACAUUAGCAAACUGGUCUGGAAGGCUGUAAUAUUUCUGUAUAUAAUGUAUAGUACAAUAUGACCCUUGUUUAACAGCGUUUGUACUGAUCAGUAGCAUAAAAUCGGCCUUUUGUACAAUUAUGAGUGGCUUUCAGCACUUCACUGGUGUUUUUGUCAAUGAGCAGCUUACAGUAACAGUAGUACCUGUGGUGAGUUUAUUUUCAAUAUAGCAUAAAGAGAAUGCCAGAACAUAUCACGUUCCCUUUUCCCCCCCCCAAACAUUAUGACUUUAUGCCAAACUGACUGUCAUACAUCCCAUGGGCCAAGUAUUUUUCUGGAGAUGUUAUGUACUAUGGUUGAGAUCAUGCAAGUGUAUUAGAGUUAAUUGCUAUAUAUUUUGGUACGGCUCACUCAUAUUUCAGAUCACCUAAUCACUUGCACUAGGAGUAAUAACAUGCUGAAACAAUGAAAAACCACUUCCUGUGAUAGGCAAAUCACAUGACUGAUCUACUGUGUAAGUCUUUUUAUGGUACAUAUCUGAGUUAUGUUUAAGUCGUGUACUAAACUUUGUAUUUAUAUAUACAUUUCCAUUGUUUUAUGAAAGCAGUACCAUAAUUUCUGUUCAAUGACGAAAGCUCACUCCUGAUAUCUACAGAUGCACAUGCUGGAAUCAUGGACAGUAGAUGAAGGGCUGAACAAAAUGUGGGCUUCAUUGUGCUAAACAUUUCCCACAUUAAGGAAUUCAUUGACAUUUAUUGCACUAAUUUUCAUACUAAGGAAAUUCUCUUUCUACAUGUUUUAGACACGUUUUACAGAAUUUGAGUAUUCAUAAAUUCCUUCUGUUUAAAUAAAGUUUGGAUUUCCUGAACCUGUUUUAUUUAGUAAAAAGUAAAAAAAGAAUUUAUCUAAACUAACAACAUUCAAAAAAAAACAAGAGCCUCAUUCUGUGAUGUUUUGCAUCUGCAUAUUCAAUCAAGUGUAUCAGGCCCAUUUAUAUGUCCUAUAUGUAGCUGUCACCUAGCAACAGCGCUGUAUUUAGAACUUGCUGUAAUCCACAGAAUAGGUCAAGCAAGUCUUCACAGAGGAAAGAUAAUGUGACUGGAGCACACUUGUCUAAUCUUACUGCAAUAUGUUGAAUGUAUUAAUAGAUACACCACCACAAGGGAAAAUUUAAAUCAUUAGAUCUCUCUGAAUCUGUUUUGGUUUAAACCCCGCCUCCCGCAUCAGCAGGCUCAGUGAUUUUUUUUUUCAUUCUAGGAUAUCAGAAAGGCUAAGGACAAGGUUUUCCACAGCAUACAUGUAUCAUUAGUGCCAGAAUGGCUUACUUCAAUGCACCUACUAAACCUUUUACAACAGUUACAUGGUUCUAUUUGUACCAAACUGUUUCCACUUUCCAUCUUCAUGCAAAGAAUAUGGGAAGAGACAGAAUAAUGAAAAACAAUGUUUUAUCACUUGCAUGUCUUUUUUCCCCAGUCACUGUAAAAGAUCCUUGAAUUACACCUUUCCAAU